UCCCCCCCCACCACCCUUUCCCCCGAGGCAUCCCGUGUUUUUAAUGUUCUGUUUGCACUUGCGCUCCUUCCCACUCUCUGCUGGAUACUCUAAUACAGAAACAUUGCGCUACAAGCUCUGUGUAACCCCUGAAUAACCUCAAUGAGCUUUCUAGAUUUGGCACUGAAUGUAACAGGACAUAGUUUUCACUUACAAAAGCUUUAAUCAAAAUAGUAUGAAAGAUGAUCAUUUGGUAACAUUGAUUCGAACUUGUUUUGAUUAAUGAGCAUUUUGCUGAAAAUUUGCGGCAAAAUACUUCAAAAUUGAUCAAGGAAUGGACCAGGAUGACACUGAAGGAGAAGCCAUCCUCAAGAACAAGUCAAUUGGUGGCUGGGGUUUAUUGCAGAUUGCUGGAUGCACUGGCUUAACUGCCUAUAUAGUAUGGGCAGGCAUACUGAUGCCUGGUUUCAGGAGGGUACCUCUAAGGUUACAGGUGCCAUACAUACCUGCAAGCCGCAAGCAAGUGCAGAAUGUGAUGACGUUGCUUAAAGGCCGGUCUGGCAAGAUGGUGGACUUAGGAUCAGGUGAUGGCAGAAUUGUUUUGGAAGCUAGCAAACGUGGCUUCCACCCAGCUGUUGGCUACGAAUUGAACCCAUGGCUCAUCAGGUUGUCACAGUUCCACGCUUGGAGAGCAGGCUACCUUGACAAGGUUUCUUAUGUGAAACAAGAUCUGUGGCAGGUUGAUCUGUCACACUGUUCCAAUGUAACAGUUUUCCUAGCUCCCAGUGUGCUUUCUUUACUAGAGGCCAAGCUGUUGUCUGAACUUCCAGAAGACGCCUGGAUUGUCGCUGGUCGUUUCCCUUUCCCAAGCUGGAAACCAUGCUGCACGGUCGGUGAAGGAGUGGAUCGAGCCUGGCUUUACAGUGCCAAAAGACUACGUCAAGAAAAUAAAUCCCAAAUUGCACAGGAAGGAACAGCAGUGUGACAGCAGCUGUCAAACCCUUACUGCAGAUGCAUGAAUUAAAGAAGGGACAGUUAUUUUAUAUUUUUAGCUGCAAGUUGCAUGAAAAAUAUCUUUCAUAACCACAGCAUUGUUUUUUUUUCAGAAAUACAUAUUUAUUAGACAGUACUGCUUUCCAGGUUUAAUUAUAUCAUUCUUCUGUAAAACUUUAUCAAAUGGAACAUUAGUUUCUCCAGGGAAAAUGGCAUGAAUAAUUAGGAACUGUAGGAAUUGCAUUUCUGCAGGAUAUCCACCAAUCUUUCCACACAGUUACAGCAGGCAUUUAGAAGAACAGCCCCUGUGGGUCUAAAUUGGAAUCUAUUCCAUCAGUUGAGAGUGUGAAGUUUUACAGUAUGGGCAAGAAAGUGGGGUUUGGCGUUGUGCAUUUGAAACUUCUUCAUUUUAAAAAUAGACUGUUGAUGUUCUGCCACCAUUCUGCCAUUGAUAAUUCUUCUGAACUAAAGAAAUCAAGAGAAGCUUUCCCUUUAUUAUUCAAAAUAUACAACUAACCGUUAUUGAUUUUAGGGAUAAUAGUUGUAAAAGUGGUUAAGUUAAUUGGUAAGGAUAAGCAAGAAUGACUGAAGCAUGAUAUAUUGUAGUUAAGUAUUAUAGAUAUGUGACUUAAACUUUUAAGAGUAAACAGCUUACUGACUAGAGUGGUUUAUGCAAAGGUUAUCCCUCAGACAAUAAAUUCUUAGAUUAAUACAAACCCUGAAUAUGAGUCACAGCGUAAUACAGCAUUGAUACAAACUCUUCAACUCAACUCAACAAUGCUAACCAAGUUCCCCAACAAAGCUGUUCGCAGUUACCCAUGCUUCGUCCAUUUCCUUUUAAGCCAAGGGUUCCCAACCUUUUUUAUGCCAUGGACCUCUACCAUUAACUGAGUGGUCCACCGUCCCCAGAUUGGAUAUCCCUGCUCUAAACCUUUCCACUUCAUGUACCUGUCCAAGUUUCUUUUAAAUGUUGUUAUUGUAUCUGCUGCAACCAUUUCCUCUGGCAUUACACACAAAAUGCUGGAGGAACUCAGCAGAUCCGGCAGUAUCUAUGAAAAGAAUAAACAGGCAUUGUUUUGGGCCAAUACUUUUCAUCAGGAUUCAAAAGGAAGGAGGAAGAAGACCCCUCCACUUCUCCCUUUUUUCAUUUGUCACUCUGGUUCCCCUCUUAUUCCUUCACUUUUUCACCUCUGCCCAUCACCUCCAUCUGGCACCCUCCUUCCCUUUCUCCCAUGAUCCACUUAGUUAGUUUCCUCCUUCUUCAGCUUCUCCACCUCCCCCAAAAACCUUUUCCACCUCCCAGCUUCUCACUUUAUCCUCCUCCCCCAGAAACCCAUCUUCCCCCUCGCCUAUCGCCUGCCAGCGUGCUCUCCUCCCCCUCCCCACACUUGUUAUUCUGGCUUCUUCUCCCUUUUCCAGUCGUCAGGAUCAUGCUACGACCUUGAUCCAAGAUCAAAGAGCCUCAAAGAUUCCUGAGGUUUUAGAAUUCACCAACUAACUGAGAAAAAACAGUCAACAUUUCAGGCCAAGACCCUUCACAUCAUGAGUGUGUGGUUUAGUUUGAUUCAUUUACUUUUCUUUCCCAUAAAAAAGCCAAAUAAUUUGGUAUCAAAUUCACUUGCUAUAUUUUUGUUUAUUGGUUGGAGACAGAUUUCUUUCCCCGAAAGGCAUCAGUGAACUACAUGGCUUCGUACAACAGCAGUCAGCAUUAAGAGAGUAGCUUACUAAUUUCCCAAAUUUUGUUUAAUUAUUUUAAUCAAAGUUUCCAAGUGCUGUGGUGAGAUUCAAAUCUAUGUUUCUGGACCAACACAGGUUCUGAAUUAGUGUCAAAGCGAAGAUGGCACCGGGCUGCAAUUUCUGUUGAGUGUUGAAGUGGGGUUCAAAGAUCGUAUAUAUGCAUGGGUCCGAGGGAGGAAUUAGGCUUUUUCUUUGCUCUUCCACAAAAUGCUGGAGGAACACAGCAGGCCAAGCAGCAUCUAUGGAAAAGAGUACAGUCAACGUUUGGGUCCAAAAUGAUGUCUGUACUCUUUUCCAUAGAUACUACCUGGCCUGCUGAGUUCCUCCAGCAUUUUAUGCAUGUUGCUUGGAUUUCCAGCAUCUGCAAAUUUUCUCUUGUUUUAUUUUGCUGCUUUUGUUGUUUGUUAUGUGUUGUUCUGCCGAGCAUUGUGGGCAUUCUAUAUUGGCACCGGAAUGUGUGGCAACACCGUCAGCUGCUCCCCAGCUCACCCUGGGUGUGUUGGUUAACACAAAUAACACAUUUCCUGUAACUAAACUUGAUUCUUGAAUCUUUAACUUAACCAUGCCCCAGAAUGACUUGUCUCUUGCAGUCUCUUACUCAUUUUUUGAAGGGUAUAAUUAGAUUUCCACUGGUCACUCAAUAGUCAAUUGUACAUACAGAUCUUAUCUUUCAGUCUUUCUGACAUGUUAUUUACUUUGAUCUUCUGAACUUAGAGACAUGGAAUCAUUGAAGUAACCUAUGAAAAGUUGUUUGACCCAUUUGUUUCCAGGUAGUAGGGUAAAAUAUUCUUGGUAAUAGUGAACACUAAGGGAAAAAGUGGCACAACCUUGCGGGCUUUUUGUUCUAAAGGUAAUUUUCACAUCAGUAUUUUUCCCCCGUUCUUGGAUGUGUCGAUGUAUACAAUUAAUUUGAGAGAAAUUGUUAUUCAGUCCGAUCGUGGCAACCCAUUCAGUAUCUCCUUUUGGCCCGCUGUAUUGGAAGACCUGCACUGGUAUCAUCAUCAUCAUGGCUUGAGUAUUGAUAUGUUUCCAUUACAUCCAAGUAUAGUUGUUGUGGCUGUAGUUGAUGUCUGGUGCUGAUAUAUAAUGAUUUCAUCAGAUCUCUAAUAUAUAAUGCACCACACAGCCUAUUGGCCUCCAGUUAGUAAUAUUUUAAGUACUUUUCUGCUUUCUGUCUUGACUUUAGAACAUGAGAUCUUGUUUAAAAUCUCUGGGGUUGUUAGGGUUUAAGUCAGAAGGAAAGGCUGGAAUGCAAGAAUAAACAGGCAAUGUUUUGGGCCAAUACUUUUCAUCAGGAUUUGAUGAAAAUCCUCUCUCUAGUUCCAUUAUAUCUUCAGUGGCUGCCUUGUCCAUAAAACCUGGUGUCUUUUAUUUACAAUGUUGGUUUUACCUCUACUUUGGCUUUUAUUAUUUUAAUGUAUUUUCAAACUUUGACUAUAAUUGUUAAGUAUUUGUCAGAUUAUUUUAUUGUAGGUUUAUGUUGUUUGAUUAAGAAAAAUUAAUUGUGGUCUAUUUAUUGUUCAUCUUGCCAAUUUCUCUUUCAUUGAAAAAUAUUUUGAGUUAUUGUCUGUUUAUUUCCCUAGUGUAACUUUUUAUUGGAAAGGUUAAAGAAUCAUAGUUUUUGCUCUUGUUGGAAUUAUUACACCAUAGGACAUAGGAGCUGAGUUAGACCAUUCAGCCAUUGAGUCUGUUCUGCGAUUCAAGCAUGGCUGAUUUAUUUUCCCUCUCAGCCCCAUUCCUCUGCCCUUACUACUCAAGAACCUAUUAACCAGCACUUUAAAUAAACAUACCUAAUGACUUGGUCUCCACAACAGUCUGUGGCAAUGAAUUCGACACAUUCACCACCCUCUGGCUGAAGAAAUUCCUCCCCACAUCUGUUCCAAAGGAACAUCGUUCUAUCCUGAGUCUGUGCUCUCUGGUCCUAGACUCUCACACUACUGAAAACAUCCAUUCUGCCUAGGUCUUUUAAUAUUUGGUAGGUUUCAGUGAGAUUUCACGCCCCACCCCCCAAGUUAUUCUAAAUAGUCUCAGAGCCAUCAAAUACUUCUCAUAUGCUAAUAACUAUCGUCAUACCUCAAUCAAAUUAUUUCAGUUAUUGCCAUGUUAGUGUGUAAGUAUGUGGGAUAUAAAUUCAAUAAGACUGCUUACUUUCUGCCUUUCUAAACUUUUUCUGCCACUGUCAUAAUUUUCAGUAUCUGAGUUUCCCUGUCAUUCCUUUUGCUGACCUUUGGUAUUAUUAUUCUUAAAAUCUGACCUGAGGAUUCAUAAUUCACGUCACUUCGGUCUGUGUUCUGUUGUUUCUGGAACUAUUGCAACAGUUAUUUAACAUUUCCUCAUUGCUAUGAUCUCAACUUCUCAUUUUAUUCAAAAUGUUUUGCACUUUUUAUUUCAUGUUAAUUUUGACAAUGAUAGCAUUCUAGUUGUACAGGGAGAUGUAAUUUUUUAUUCAUUACGGUUGAUUCUGGCUUUUUACUUGCAUUUCUAUUCAUUUCAUCAAGAAUGGAAAGUUACUGGAAUGAUCUACUUUUUUUGCCCACUUAAUUGUCCUUGAGAAAUUGGUAAUGAGCUGCUGUCUUGAACUGCCACAGUCUUUCUGAUGACAAUACUCCAACAAUUGCUUUUGGGAGGGAGUUGCUAGAUGAUGUGCUUCCUAGUUAGAAAUCUGUGCAACUUGAGAGUGAACUUGCAGUUUGUCGUGUUGUCAUGUUCUUGUUGACCUUGCAGUAGAUAUGUGAUUUGGGAAAUACUAUGGAAGAAGGCUAGGUGAGUAACUGAGGACAUUUUGUAAAUCUUGCAAAUAACUUAGCUUAAACAAUAAAAGUAAGUAAAUAACCUUCAGAACUGAAGUUCACGAAAGUGAGUUCACAGCCAGUUGAAGACCCAGUUAGUUGCAGGCCUAUACAGUCUAAUAGUCCUAUAUAUAACAGCAGAAUAGAAGCUGUCCUGGAGCUGGUGAUGCAUACUUUCGGGCUUUAGUACCUUCUGACUGAUGGGGGAGAGGAGAAAAGAGAGGGUGCUGGGUUGAUUAGGGUCUUUGAUUGUGCUGGCUGCUUAACAAGGAAGAAAUGUAAAGAGAAUCUUAAACAAGGGAAAAUUUGCAGUUGCUGGAGAUCCGAAGCAACACACACAAAAUGCUGGAGGAACUCAGCGGGACAGACAG